AUGGAUGAUUGUAGAGAUGAGGUGUUACCGCUGAAUACGAUACGAACGAAUUCACGAGAAGAGAUGGAGGACGAGUGUUCGAAGGAUCACGAUAGGAUCUACUGGCGUCUUUUCUUUUUGAGUAUAGUUGCUCUAUGGAUGUAUCAAACGCUGGUAACUGCACAAAAUUACUAUGUGAAGUUCUAUCCAACAAGCCAUGUAGAAUUUUGGGGAGUUUUCGUCUACGGAAUUUGUGUGUUUCUUGCGAAUAUAUUACAAUUAACAGGUGUUUAUAAAUAUGGUUUCACCAAACGAAUAAUAUCUGGACUUAUCGGUUGCAUUGUUGUCGGCACUUUUCUUAUAUGCUGGAGUAAUCCGAACAUAUUACUGGUUGCUUUUGCAAUUACUGGUGGUUUGAACACAUUAAUUGAAUCGCCUAUAUAUGCCAUCGGUGGUUUCUUUCCUCGUGAAUCAUUUUUACAAGCUAUUCAAGUGGGUGCUGCGAUAGCCGGAAUCGUUAAUGUUAUAGUCAAUACCAUCAUACGUCUAGCGGUUCUACUUGUUCACAGUAGUAUUGAUCAUGAUCAAUUAGCAUUUUACAUAUUUAUCAGUGUGGAAAUUUUUCUAUGUUUUGUUGCCAUGUAUGUUUAUCAUCAAUUGAUACGUAUUCCAUCAGUGGAUAUUCGAAUCAAACAGCAAAUGUUAGCAUUUCAGCAAGAAAAGACUGGUACUCGUACUCGGGUUGAGCUAAAUUUGAUUGAGGAUGAACAUUCUUAUUGGGCGUUGAUUAAGAUUGUAAAAAUUCAUUUAUUUGUACAAUUCUACACGCUUUUCAUUACGUUAGCACUGUGGCCAGGCGUAUCUUGUAAUGUGACUACACACGGUUGGUUCAAAUAUGAUGGCCAUCUUUGGUGGUGUUCACCAUUCGUUGUAGGGGCGUACAAUUUAGGAGAUUUAAUUGGGCGGAUCUGUGCAAAUAGUGUCAACCAGUAUUUUUCAUCGAAAAUAUGUUUAUUUUCAUCAUUACUCAGAACUAUAUUUGUUCUGAUUAUCUUCUUUCGUCAUAGUAUAAAUAAUAUUCUUUUUCUCAUCAUUGUUACUUUACUAGGAAUCACCAAUGGUCUUGUAACAACUGUUUCGUUGAUGAACUGUACAAAGGUAAUCACCGGAAUUAAUAAUUAUGAAAGAGCCAUGUAUCUGAUGGUAACAGCGUUAUACUUUGGAAUUGCUUGUGGCUCGAUCUUCGCGGCAAUUCUAACAAUCAUCAAUUUUGUUUAA